AUGCCGUGGGACAUCCGGGAGAAGGUUUGGGAUCACCUGGAGAGCACCGGCCUGGCCGAGUUCCCGCGGCCCGUCCACCGCCGCAUCCCCAACUUCAAGGGCUCUCUCCAGGCCUGCUCCUCUAUCCAAGAGCUGGAUGUGUUCAGCAGAGCACGGGAGGUUAAGGUGGAUCCCGACAAACCUUUGGAAGGGGUUCGGCUGGCAGCUCUGCAGGCAAGGAAGACUUUGUUGGUUCCCACACCACGCCUGAGGACUGGGCUGUUCAAUAGGAUUGUUCCGCCUCCAGGUGCAACUAAGGAAGUCCUGAGAAUAUGUGCCACGUCUCAGGGUGUAAAAGAUUACAGUGUGCCCGUGGGGCUGGAUGGGAGAGCACGAGUGGACUUGGUUGUUGUGGGAUCAGUGGCUGUCUCCGAAAAAGGCUGGAGAAUUGGAAAAGGGGAAGGUUAUGCAGACAUGGAAUACGCAAUGAUGGUGUCAAUGGGUGCAGUGCAGGAGGAUACACCUGUAGUAACCAUUGUGCAUGAUUGUCAGGUGGUUGACAUAGAAGAAGAGCUUCUUGAUGAUCAUGAUUUAACUGUGGAUUAUAUCCUCACCCCAACAAGAAUUAUCACGACUAAUUGCAAGAGACCCAAACCUCAGGGAAUAAUAUGGCAUAAGGUCAGCUAUGAGAUGCUGGGAAAAAUCCCCAUCCUAAAGACUCUUCGAUCCAGGGAGAAGCAGAUGGGCAAGGAUGUUACUCUCCGAGAUGAACAUCCACACUUGGCAAACACCACCAGAGCAGCAGCACUGAACAAGGAGGUGGCUGAAAAUACACAACCACAGGCUGCUACAGGCUCAGCUCAAAUGGGACAACAACAUCAUGUUGAAAGUGAUCCUUUAAGUCCCAGAUUAGAGGGAUCUGGCACCAUUACUACUGUGUAUGUGGGGAACAUACCUCCCAGCCUGAGAGUGAGCGAGCUGAAGGGUGCUCUGAGGGAAUUCCAUGCGACUCCUUUCAGAUUGAAUUGGCAGGGAGCACAGCACAGGGCUUUUCUUGAUUACAAGGAUCAAGUAACUGCAGAGAGAGCUGUAACCUCCUUGAAAGGCCUGAGCCUCGGGGGGAACACUCUGCGAGUGGAGCUGGCCAAGAGUCAGAGGAACAAAGGACAAGGAGAAAUCAAUAGUCAGAAAUGAGAAUUAAUAGAGGAGGGGGGGAAAAAAGGGCAUGCUUUCAUUGUUUUGUGAGAAGCCAACCUAAGUUUUCAAGGUUGUCCUCUGGCCUCUGUAGGCCAGACAACACAGUGCAAAGCCAGCUUUGUGAACAAAUGAGGCCUCACUCCUGCAUUUGUACAUGCAAAGGGGGGUUGUCCAGGCAGGUGACACAGGAACCACUUCUCCAAAUGGCUCCUCACAAAGUAUCCACAUUUUCUGUGUCUUUAUUUUUCAUGGGCUGAUUUGCUCUUUGGUGUGUGCAUUUGUUAGGCCUGGAUGACAAACCUGCCCUGUGGUAGCUCUGUACAAAGCCACAUGCAACAAGGUGGUUACAUUCAUCUACAGUCAUCUAAAGAUUGGACCUGGAAAUUUAUACUUUAAAAGCCAGCAGCAAGAAAUCUGUCCUGAGGGUUACAAUUCUAUUUAUUAAAACAUGGGGUUUACCUUGUGGGAGUUUUAAGUUUAUUUUUUAUAAAAAUUGCCAGGGGGAGAGAGAUUGUCCUUUUUAUGCUUUUGAAGAAUGGCUGUGGAAACACUGGCUCAGCCAUGGAGUUCUGGUUAGAGCUGUUGAACAUCAGGUAGGAGAGGUUGUAGCUCUUUCCUCAGCUUUUUGUUAACUCAGCCCUUGGUAAACCUUCUAUUUCUUAUUUCAGUGUGACAGAGCAAAGCAAAGACCAGUUUUCUCUGCUUUUCCUCAAAACUCUUUUUGAUGGAUCAGAUAAUUAUAAAAAAACCUGCUUUUCCUGA